AGAGGCUUAUGUGGACCCUUACUACACCAUGGACUCAUACAGGAAGGCUUAUGAACCCCCUAUCCAACCCAUGCCUGGUCCUAAACACUGGGAGAGAGUGAGUAUGAGGGAAUCACAGCCUCCAGCAUUUAAGGUACAUCCUGGAAGACCAAAGAGCAAAAAAAGGAAGCUGGAACCAGGGGAAUGUUCUACUUCAACUGCACAACCACAGACAGCAAAGAGGCAGAAACAAUGCAGUAAGUGUGCAGGUUUUGGUCAUUAUGCCAAGACCUGCAAAAACACUCUUCACCAGCAACUGAGGAGCCAAGGCAACCAGGGAGACCACCCUCCAACACUCCUUGGAUGGUGGAGGAGAGGAAGAAGAAAGAACUCAGAGCUGCCAAAAAGAGCUCAAGUCAGCCAAGCUCAAGUCAACCAAAGCCAAAGCAGCAGUCUAAGUCAAAGGCAAAUCCUUCCUCCAUCCAACCUGCAACAACCACUACUCAGCAUCCACACAAAACUUCUAAGUGUUCCUCAAGUCAGCCUGCAACAACAAUAGUUCAAAAACCAUCACACACAGGUGUGAUAAU